UAUUUGAAAAUGAAUAAUAGGGAAUACAUUGCUCCUCGUCAAACUGUCUUCAAUGGUGGCUAUAGUGAUAAUAGAUUUUAUGCGGAGACUAAUCCUGCCAAACAGAAAAAUAUAUCACAAUUUUUGACAAGUUCUCAGAUUGAAUCCAGUUAUUCAAAGAGAGCCCCAACUGCAACAAUCACUAGAGGAACAGCCAACACUUAUAAAGCAGCUACAAAGACUACGGAUCGCAAGAAUAUUAGUUCUUUAGGUGCACCAGGGAUUCAAAAGACUGGAAAGAAAAUGUUCCCUCCAAGAGAUAAUUUCCAGACAACCUCCACUUCAUCCUAUACUUACAAACCAGCUACUGUUCCAUUUUCCACAAUGAGGAAAGAUCCAACGAGAGUUCCUGAGUCAAGAGAAACAACCACUCACAGAGUGAAGCAUCUCGCUGGAAGUAACGUAAUGCACCAAGUUGGCAAGGAAGAAUUCAAGCAGAUGCAUCAGAAAGGAAGAGUCCCAGUCAAAGAAGAAAGAGUUGGAACCUAUCUUAACUCAAAUACAAUGGAGAAUAUUCUGAGUUGUGGGAAUAACGUUAUUGGGCAAGUCGAGCCCAAAGUGAUAACCAAGACUACACCGAAGAUAGAAAGAAAAGUGUGGAAGCCUCGCGCAUAUUACAAAGAGUACGAUGACACAAGGAAAGACCAUAUUUAAUCUUUAAGAGUUGACUUAAUUCCUUCAUGCCUCCAAU